AUGGGUUCACACAUCUCGUCUUCGAGUCCGUUUGAAGUAGCUGAUCACGGAUUGCGCAUUAACAAUCCUCUGACUCAGGAUGUACAAACACAGAAUACGACUUGUUCAUCAGGUAGUAUAAUAUGGCAAUAUCCGGAGGGACGUAUUCGAGUACAUUUCCCGAACGUCCCAGAUCAACUCUGCAUCACACGUGGUAUAGCUGCCGACGAUGACAUCAUUACAAAUGUUUACUACGAAGACGGAGAACAAGCCCACGACCUUCAGUUCAACGCCGAUGGCAGAUCAUGCUUCAAUCCCACUGGUACAGAAACCUCAGUAGUAUUUGAGGGGCCCACAAGAAUGCGUACAUACAUGGCAUCCUUUGCGUAUGAACUGACAUCACGAGACCGUGGCUUAGUGGACAGAAUGCAGUCAAUGUUUAACAACUUCAUUCACACAGCAAUUCGUCCGUUUGGCAAUCUUCUACGAAAAUGGAAUAUCCAGAUUAAUAUUGAACAAAUGUAAAAUUUCAGUUGGUGGAAGAAACUGUUCUCAUAGUUGUAACUGUUAAUAC